AUGGACAGGUUGCUAAGGAUUUCAGCUAGAGUCCUACGAGCCAUCAACAACAUGAGAAGGGAAUCAAUCCCUAGAGAACUAGAUCUACAACCAGAGGAGCUGGAAGAAACCAGAAUCUUCUGGAUCAACUUCACACAGAAUAAGCACUUUGGGUCAAUCAUCAAUCGGCUCAACAAUGGACAAGACACCAACAGCAAUCAUCCAAUGGCAAGGCUGAUUCCUUAUGUGGACGAGGAUCAAACACUACGUCUUGGCGGGCGGCUGAACAGAUCAGAUCUUCAGCCAGAAGCUAAGAAUCCAGCAAUGCUACCCAAACAAUCAAGGUUCACAUCACUGGUCAUCGAGGAAGCUCAUCUAAAAUCCCACAUCCUAAAGUGCGUCACCUGUGCUCGACAUCGUGCAAUCAGGGCACAACAGUUGAUGGAUCAGCUUCCUCCAAGCAGGAUCACACCAGUUCGAGCAUUUCUCCACACAGGAGUGGACUACGCUGGUCCCUUGAAAAUCAACAGAUGGAGAGGACCAGGAGCUAAGCAAUAUCAGGGCUACAUCGCAGUUUUCGGGUGUCUUGCCACGUCGACAAUUCAUCUGGAACUCAUCACGGAUCUCACAUUAUAG